AUGCGGGUGCAGGAGGCACCUGCUGCGGCGCUGCCGGAAACCCGCGCCGCCGACAACCCGCAGAUACGGAUAAUGAGUUAGAAGUUCUUUAGACAGCAUUGUUUCGAGAGGACACGGAUGCAUAUCGUUUCGAGAGGUCUUAUGCAUCGGAACUGUAGAAUGACGUAGUUCUUGAGAGGACAUGUUGGAAGUGCUUGUAGUACAAGAACGGCUCUAUUCUACUGCAUGGGUUUAUGCGGUAUUGUGAAGGCGUCGCCAAGUCUGUAACCGUCAGGUGAAGACAGCUUGGGCGUCGGUGUGAAGAUAAUACAAUCACUC